UCACGGUAUGGAGCUCCGCUCCCCGGCGCUGACAGCGGACCGCUGCCUGGACCGAGCGCUGCCAGUGAUGGCGACACAGGCUCAGAGAGCGCCCUGACAGCCUUGAAGCCGUCGCUCGUCAUAACGACUAUUGGACAUUUCGGGACAUUAAUUUUGUUUGCUUUUUCUAUUUAUCCUUUCGUUUUUGAGCGUAGAGCGUCGCUCAGCUCACACAUCGACCUACUCAGCCCUUCUCGGCGCUCACCUUUCUGUUUGUGCUGGAUGUAAGGUCCUUGCCGCUAUCCAUCUUUAAGAUAAAAGCGGCCGCUCUCUUUCCGACAUGCAUCAUGGCACAUAGGACAGUCUGGGACCUCGUAACCGUACAGUACGUCGCUUAUGCGCCGCCGGGGAUCCGCAGUGCAAUCGGGCCGUGAAUCGUUUCGCUUUUUCUCCACCCCGGGAGUAGCCUUUUAUUUCAUUUCCUCCGUGCCGAGUGACACCACUCCCACCGAACCGGAGCAUCUUUUAUUAUUAUUUUUUUAAUUUUAUUUUUUUAUUUUUUUACCCAAGACCUCACGGCUUUCACUUGUGCGCUUUGCAGCCCAGGCGCUGUAGGGGUGGAUCGCAAAGCUUUCUGGGCUAGGCAAAAAUACAGACAAAUUAUACACACGGAGGAUGCAUCGCGUGUGAAAUAAAUUAAAGAAAACAGGGUCAAGAUGGGGAAAGAUCAGGAAUUGCUGCAAGCAGUCAAGACCGAAGAUCUGAUUACGGUGCAGAAGCUCUUACAGAGACCCAAACCAGGCAAAGCAAAGCUCCUGGGGUCAGCCAAGAAGGUCAACGUCAACUUCCAGGACAUAGAUGGGUUCGCCCCACUGCACCACGCCGCCCUCAACGGGAACCUGGAGCUCAUCGCCUUGCUGCUGGAGUCCCAGGCUGCCGUGGACGUCCGCGACCAGAAAGGCAUGCGACCGCUGCAUUAUGCUGCCUGGCAGGGUAAGUCGGAGCCUAUCAGGAUGCUGCUGAAGUCAGGCUCCUCAGUAAACGGGCAGUCGGAUGAGGGCCAGAUCCCCCUGCACCUGGCGGCACAGCACGGGCACUAUGACGUGUCGGAGAUGCUGCUCCAGUACCAGUCUAACCCCUGCAUUGUGGACAAUGCUGGGAAGACCCCUUUGGACUUGGCCUGUGAAUUCGGCAGGGUUGGGGUCGUCCAGCUACUCCUCAACAGCAACAUGUGCGCUGCCCUGCUGGAGCCCAAACCCGGCAACCCCACUGAUCCCAAUGGCACCAGCCCCCUGCACCUCGCCGCCAAGAACGGCCACAUCGACAUCAUAAGGCUGCUGAUCCAGGCGGGCAUCGACAUCAACUGGCAGACCAAGUCAGGCACAGCCCUCCACGAGGCUGCCCUCUGUGGGAAGACGGAGGCAGUGCGCCUGCUGCUGGACAGCGGCAUCAACGCGGCAGUGAGGAACACCUACAGCCAGACAGCGCUGGACAUUGUGCAUCAGUUCACUGCCUCGCAGGCCAGCAAGGAGAUUAAGCAGAUGCUAAGAGAUGCCUCUACAGCCCUGCAGGUCAGGGCCCUGAAGGAUUACUGCAACAAUUAUGACUUGACCAGCCUCAACAUUAAGGCUGGUGACAUCAUCUCGGUCCUUGAGCAGCACUCCGAUGGCAGGUGGAAGGGCUGUAUCCAUGACAACCGCACAGGAAAUGACAGAGUGGGCUACUUCCCCUCCAGCCUGGUGGAGGUGAUCAGCAAGAGGGCAGGUGCGAGCUGGAACACAUCGACCGGGCCGGAUGCACCCUCUAUCUCAGACAGACAAAUACAGGGUUCAUGGAACACAGUCAUUUGUGCCCAACAGUAUCAAAAGAUACAGCUCUGUGGGCCCGUGUGCGGCCUGCCCGCCGUGCUCAACGGGGACUCGUAUCAGUAUCAUGCCCUGCCGCCGCCUCCACCGCCACCGCCAACACAUUCCCAUCAGCCCCUUUUCACUUCCUUUGGCUAUAGCAGGUCCCAGAGCGCCCCGGGAGAGCCACUCUCCGCACCAGGUUCCCGAGGCUCAGAGUCCAGCCCCCAUGGCUCCCCCUCCCCCACCACCGGCCCUCAGGGCGGCAUCGGCGAGGAGAUCUGGGUGCUGCGCAAGCCCACCGCAGCCGGGACAGGGGACCGCAGCAGUAUGGGGAGCUCAGGCAGCGUGGCCAGCGGCCGGUCCUCGGGCAGCGGGCAGAGCGCAGGCAGCGGGAGCCACGCCCUGCAUGCCCAGGCCGAGGGCGUCAAGCUCUUGGCUACCGUGUUGUCUCAGUCCACCAAAGCUAAGGAGCACCUGCUGGAGCAGUCCAAAUCGUUGGAGCAGUCCACAGCCCCGUCGUCACGCUCCCAGAGCUCGCCAAGCUGUCCGUACCACGAGCCGGCAUACGGGGAGGCGGUGCCGCCGGCCCAGAGGAAGGGGGAGGUGCCAUCCGAGGAGAAGAGCUCAGAGGCCGUUAUCGAAUGGCUGAGCACGUUUCAGCUUCAAGCCUACGGUCCAAACUUCAUCAGCGAGGGCUAUGACAUGUCCACCAUUAGCCGAAUGACCCCCGAGGACCUGGCCGCCAUCGGCGUGAACAAACCAGGCCACCGCAAGAAGAUGACGUCGGAGAUCAGCAAGCUUAGUGCCGCCGAGUGGCACCUGGACCAGAAGCCUGCUGACCUGGCUGAGUGGCUUUCUAUGAUUGGCUUGGGCCAGUACUACCAGGUCCUGGUAAACAACGGCUACGAGAGCAUCGACUUCAUCACCGACAUCACCUGGGAGGACCUGCAGGAGAUUGGUAUCACCAAGCUAGGCCACCAGAAGAAGUUGAUGCUGGCCGUGAGGAAGCUGGCUGAGUUCCAGAAGUCCUCAGAAGGCCGCAAGAGGAAGGGGCCACAGUCCGUGGAGGUGGUGUCCAUCCAGAGUCCCCCCCACGACGGUGUCGUUGUCACGUCACCCAAACUGAGCACUUUCCAGGACAGCGAGCUGAGCGGCGAGCUCCAGGCCGCAUUGGCCCGUACCGGCGAGCGCCAGCAGAGUACCGAGGCCAAGCCGCGAACGCGCCCUGCCCCCAACAGCGGGCCGGCCAAGAGCAGGGAGCCGGAGGAGGGGAGCGGCGCCCCCCCAAGGAAAGAGGCGCGGGCAGCACGCCAGAGCAGGGGCAACGUGCCACCAGCGCUAUCAAAAUCAAGGCAGUCUUACCAAUCGGGAGGUGGGUCCACAUGCACGCCCCCACAGACCCCAACAAAGACCAAGCCCUCCCCCCAGCAGACUACUGGCCCUGCACAGGCCAAGGUGAAGGGGGCCACACCCAGCGGGGGUGCUGCUGAGCAGACAACCACUGCCCCCAGUCUGCCCCAGUCGCCUAAGCAGAAGACUCAUGUCCACAAAGACCCCCGAGACGGGGUGGCCGCUCCACCUCCCAGCCCGACCCCUGGGCCCGUGCCUGUCGCUGUGCCCACGCUGUGCCUCCCCCCGGGGGAGGAGCCGGAGGUGGGGGAGGGGCGGGGCCAGUCGCAGAAGCGGGCACACACCCUGAGCCGGCACGUUGCAAAGGAUGGUGAGGAGCCAGGGGCCACAACUGUGGCCACUACUCCCCGGGCCAGCGCCACCCUGGGCCCCGCGGACAAGAACACUAACCGUGGCCACUCAUUCGCCCGGCCCCGAAAGAAGGGGCCACCGCCACCCCCGCCCAAGCGCUCUAGCUCAGCCAUCUCCAGCCCCAUCCAGCCUGAUGAUGCCAAGGAGCCCCCUAGUGCAGGGCUGCUGGAUGUGGGCUAUCGGCCACAGCGGCGGGCCAGCGACCUCGGUGCCGCUGUGGACACGGGCAGCGCUGGCAGCGUCAGGAGCAUCGCUGCCAUGUUGGAGAUGUCCUCCAUCGGGGGUGGGCCCAAGGCCCUGCAGAAGUCACCAGGGGGGCAGCAUCACCUGCAGGUUAAUGCAGAGCAUGGGCAAAUGAUGGGGGCCCCAGUUGGCGGGAAGCCACGUGAUGCCAUUGGGCUGGACGGCGAGGUGGUGAACCGGCGCCGGACCAUCAGUGGGCCCGUCACGGAGCUCGUAGCCGCAGCACGACGAGAGCGGGGUCCCCGGGAACCAGAACCAAAAGUCGGGGCACAUCCAGGACCGCUAGGCCGACUGGAGGAACCUUCGCUCCAGGGUCCAGCGGGCAACAUGCACGUCAUGGUGAAACAGCACCCCCGUCAGGCCAAAGGCGAGGAUGACGGCCUCCCUGCUGGUUCGUGCAUCGUGCCACUGGAGGAGGCUUCCCAGGAGGAAGCCACAAGCACCCUGAAGAGGAGGUCCCGUUCCAAGCUGCAAGCCGACGGGGUCCGCUUCCACCUGACCGAGUCCAGCACCGUCAAGCGACGGCCGAAGAGUCGGGACAAGGACUCAGAGGAGGAGGUGCCGGACAGCCUGGUGCCGGCCUCCUGCCAGAACGGGACGCAGUGGGUCCAGGAGCACAGUGACGGCGUCCCCCGCAGAGACAGCAGGGACAACCUCCUCCCUCCAGGACCCGAGGGCCCUAGGCCUCCCAAGCCACCGGUGUCCCCUAAGCCCGUCCUGGCUCAGCACAUGAAAAAAAUGGGACCUUCAGGACCCACUUCAAAGAGGGUGCCCCUCCCUGGACCCGGAAGCCCAGGAAGCCCAGAGGUAAAGCGAGUGCCACCGCCCGUGUCGCCAAAGCCCGCUCCCCCCCCCACAGCACCCAAGCCCACUAAGGUGCAGAUCAUCCCACAUCCCAUCGGUGUGGGCCCUGCCCCCUCCCCCGCCUCCACACCACCUCCUGCAUCCACUCCUACACUCACACAGGGCAGGAUUGCCGGCACGCCCCCAUCCGGGGGUCCCCCCACCCCACAGAGCCCACAGACAACACAGGCCCUGGUCCUCUCCCCUGCCCCAACUCCCACGCCACCUCCCCCAGUGAAGCCCCCACGCUCCUCCAUCGGUGGGGCAUCCAUUGACAGCGGAGGUGGGGUGGAGGCGGCGCAGCAGCGGCUGGAAGAGACCAGCGCCUCCCUGGCUGCAGCCCUGCAGGCCGUGGAGGAGAAGAUCAGGCAGGAGGAGAAGAUCAGGCUAGAGGAUGGAAGCAGGGACACGGUGGCUGAGGAAAAGAGCACGGUGAGCAUCCUGGACGACAUCGGCAGCAUGUUCGAUGAGCUGGCCGACCAGCUGGACGCCAUGCUGGAGUGAAGGCCGUCACCGGGGGCAACCCCGGCACCACCCUCAGGGCUCCCGUGAGGCACAGGAGAACCCCCCCCCCCCCCCCCCCCCCCC